CUUGAGGGAGAAUGGAUGCAAAAGCUCGAAAUUGUUUGCUUCAACAUAGAGAAGCUCUUGAAAAGGACAUCAAGACAUCCUACAUCAUGGAUCACAUGAUUAGUGAUGGCGUUUUAACAGUAUCAGAGGAAGAAAAAGUUAAAAAUGAGCCCACUCAACAGCAUCGAGCAGCUAUGCUAAUUAAAAUGAUACUUAAAAAAGAUAAUUAUUCCUACAUAUCAUUCUAUAAUGCUCUACUCCAUGAAGGAUAUAAAGACCUUGCCGCUCUUCUCCAUGGUGCUGUUCCUGCGGUCUCUUCUUUCAAUGGCAAAGAUUCAGUUGGUGGAAUAACUUCAUAUGUUAGAACAGUCCUGUGUGAAGGUGGGGUACCGCAGAGGCCGGUUGUUUUUGUUACCAGGAAGAAGUUGGUGACUGCAAUUCGUGAGAGGCUCUUCAAACUGAAUUCUGAACCAGGAUGGGUCACUAUAUAUGGAAUGGCAGGUUGUGGAAAGUCUGUAUUAGCUGCAGAAGCUGUUCGAGAUCAUUGCUUCCUAGAAAGUUGUUUCCCAGGGGGUGUACAUUGGGUUUCCAUCGGGAAACAAGACAAGUCUGGACUUUUGAUGAAACUGCAAAAUCUUUGCACACGGUUGGAUCAGGAUGAGAGCUUUUCUCAGAGGCUCCCACUUAAUAUUGAAGAGGCUAAAGACCGUCUCCGCGUUCUGAUGCUACGCAAAUAUCCAAGGUCUCUGUUGAUCUUGGAUGAUGUUUGGGAUCCUUGGGUUUUAAAAGCUUUUGACAAUCAGUGUCAGAUUCUUCUUACAACCAGAGACAAGAGUGUCACAGAUUCCGUAAUGGGUCCUAAAUAUGUAGUUCCUGUGGAGAGUGGCUUAGGAAAAGAAAAAGGACUUGAAAUUUUAUCUCUUUUUGUAAAUAUGAAGAAAACAGAAUUGCCAGAACAAGCGCAUAGUAUUAUAAAAGAAUGUAAAGGUUCUCCUCUUGUAGUAUCUUUAAUCGGUGCUCUUUUACGUGACUUUCCCAAUCGCUGGGAAUACUACCUCAGACAACUUCAGAACAAGCAGUUUAAAAGAAUAAGGAAAUCUUCAUCUUAUGAUUAUGAGGCUUUGGACGAAGCCAUGUCUAUAAGUGUAGAAAUGCUUAGAGAAGAUAUCAAAGAUUAUUAUACCGAUCUUUCUAUUCUUCAGAAGGAUGUCAAGGUGCCUACAAAGGUGUUAUGUAUUCUCUGGGACAUGGAAACUGAAGAAGUUGAAGACAUUCUGCAGGAGUUUGUUAAUAAGUCGCUUUUAUUCUGUGAUCGGAAUGGAAAGUCAUUUCAUUACUAUUUACAUGAUCUUCAAGUAGAUUUCCUUACAGAGAAGAAUCGCAGCCAGUUGCAGGACCUACAUAAGAAGAUAAUCACCCAAUUCCAGAGAUAUCAUCAGUUAUAUACUCUUUCACCAGAUGAGGAGGACUGUAUGUACUGGUAUAAUUUUUUGGCCUAUCAUAUGGCCAGUGCCAAAAUGCACAAAGAACUUUGCACUUUAAUGUUUUCUCUGGAUUGGAUUAAAGCCAAAACGGAACUUGUAGGUCCUGCUCAUCUGAUUCAUGAAUUUGUGGAAUACAGGCAUAUAUUGGAUGAAAAGGAUUUUGCUGUCUGUGAGAAUUUCCAGGAGUUUUUAUCUUUAAAUGGACACCUUCUUGGACGACAGCCAUUUCCUAAUGUUAUACAGCUGGGUCUCUGUGAACCUGAAAUUUCAGAGGUUUAUCAGCAGGCUAAGCUGCGGGCCAAGCAGGAGGUCGAUAAUGGAAUGCUCUACCUGGAGUGGAUAAACAAAAAAACCAUCAAGAAUCUCUCUCGCUUAGUUGUCCGCCCCCAUACAGAUGCUGUUUACCAUGCUUGCUUUUCUGAGGAUGGCCAAAGAAUAGCUUCUUGUGGAGCUGAUAAAACCUUACAGGUGUUCAAAGCUGAAACAGGAGAGAAGCUCUUAGAAAUCAAGGCUCAUGAAGACGAAAUACUUUGCUGUGCAUUCUCCGCUUGUGAUAGGUUUAUAGCAACUUGCUCUGUGGAUAAAACAGUAAAGAUUUGGAAUUCAGUGACUGGAAAACUAAUACAUACCUAUGAUGAGCACACAGAACAAGUCAAUUGCUGUCACUUUACCUGUAGUAGCCAUCACCUUCUCUUAGCCACUGGAUCGAGUGAUCACCUCCUCAAACUCUGGGAUUUGAAUCAAAAAGAAUGUCGAAAUACCUUGUUUGGCCAUAAAAAUAUUGUUAAUCACUGCAGAUUUUCACCAGAUAAUAAACUUUUGGCUAGUUGUUCAGCUGAUGGAACAUUAAAGCUUUGGGACGUGAAAUCAGCAAAUGAGAGCAAAAGCAUUAAUGUGAAGCAGUUCUUCCUGAAUUCACAAGGGCCUCAAGAAGACUUGGAGGUGAUAGUGAAAUGUUGUUCAUGGUCAGCUGACGGUGCUAAAAUCAUGGUGGCAGCAAAAAAUAAAAUCUUUCUUUUUGACAUUCAUACCAGCAGUUUGUUGGCGGAAGUCCAUACAGGCCAUAACAGCACCAUCCAGUACUGUGACUUCUCCCCUCAGAAUCAUUUGGCGGUGGUGACUUUAUCGCAGUACUGUGUGGAGUUGUGGAAUAUGGAAUCCUGCUUAAAAGUGGCUGAUUGCAGAGGACAUUUAAGUUGGGUUCAUUGUGUGAUGUUUUCUCCUGACGGAUCAUCGUUUUUGACAUCUUCUGAUGACCAAACAAUCAGGCUUUGGGAGACAAAGAAAGUAUGUGAGAACUCCGCUAAAGUGUUAAAACAAGAAAUAGAUGUUUCGUUUCAAGAAAAUGAAGUGAUGGUUCUUGCAGUUGAUAAUAUAAGACAUCUUCAACUUAUUAAUGGAAAAACAGGUCAAAUUGAUGAUCUCACUGAAGCUCAAGUUAGUUGCUGUUGCUUGAGUCCACAACUUCAGUACAUCGCAUUUGGAGAUGAAGAUGGAGCCAUUAAGGUUUUAGAGCUCCUAAACAACAAAAUCUUCCAAUCUAAAAUUGGGCACAAGAACAUUGUACGGCACAUCCAAUUCACAGUUGAUGCAAAGACCGUGAUUUCAAGCUCUGAUGAUUCUAUAAUUCAGGUCUGGAAUUGGCAAUCAGAGGAAUAUGUCUUUCUGCAAGCUCAUCAGGAAACGGUGAAAGAUUUUAGGCUCCUGAAAAAUUCAAGUCUUCUUUCUUGGUCAUUUGAUGGAACAGUGAAGGUAUGGGAUAUUAUUACUGGAAAAAUUGAAAAGGACUUUAUUUGUCAUCAAGAUACAGUACUUUCUUGUGAUAUUUCUCCGGAUGCUACCAAAUUUUCAUCUACUUCUACUGACAAGACUGCAAAGAUUUGGAGCUUUGAUCUGUUUUCCCCCCUUCAUGAACUGAAGGGCCACAAGGGCUGUGUGCGCUGCUCCGUCUUCUCUGUGGACACGACCCUGCUGGCAACUGGAGAUGACAAUGGAGAAAUCCGGAUAUGGAAUGUCUCAAGUGGUGAGCUGCUUCACUUGUGUGCUCCGAUAUCAGUAGAAGGAGGAACUGCUACUCAUGGAGGCUGGGUGACUGACCUUCGUUUUUCUCCAGAUAGCAGAAUGCUUGUCUCUGCUGGAGGGUAUCUUAAGUGGUGGAAUGUUGUCACUGGUGAAUCGUCACAGACCUUCUACACAAAUGGAACCAAUCUUAAGAAAAUACACGUGUCCCCUGACUUCAAAACCUAUGUGACUGUGGAUAAUCUUGGUAUUUUAUAUAUUUUACAGAUUUUAGAGUAAAUAGUUAAGCUUUGAUGGUUGAAGUCUUUUAAAUAAGAAAAAAAUUCCAAUGAAACGGUUGUUUUUAACUUUUUAUGAAGCUGUGAAUUGUGUGCAAUGUUGCAUUCAUUGCAGAAGUGUUUGUGGUUGAGUAAUACUAAUGUAGCUUUUCCUCAAAUGAACAUGCCUUUAAUCUUGUGUUUCAUACUCAUUGUUAUUAACCAUUUGUCCUUAAAAUGAAAUGUAAAAAUGUACCUAGUUACAUUUUCUCUUGAUGCAUUCAA